AUCAGAUGGGUCGGCCAGUUGAGCGAGCCGUGACAUCGUGAACGGUUCGCGGGGUACGACUCGAACCGACUCAAUACUUGAGCAUUCGGUGAUUACGCGCUACACUAGCCUUUAGCGAAGACGGUUCACUUGCGAUUUUGGGCAAUUUUGAAAUUACGUCCUUUUGCUGUUAAGGCCUUAUUGAUCGGGAUUAGACAGUGCAAUUGUUUUUUUAUUAGUGUUGUGUUUAGGACUGUGUGUGCCGUGACUGUUUGCAACUUGUCCUUAGGCUCAAGCGGUCAAAGAGCAGCGACUGCGCAGAAGCGCCAGCGGGCACAGUUGCCGCGACGAGCGCGCUAGUUCUCGCCAGUGCCGGCGUGGCGCUGCACGGAGGGUGGGGGCGUCCGACGCCGGCGCCCGCGCACGCCGCCACCACGCUGGUGGGCGGGCUGGUGGCGCCGCCGCGGGAACCCACCACGGCGGCGGAGGCCUUCUGGAAGAUGCCUCAUAAAGCCUUCGUUCCAGACGACCUGAUGCACAGCGCGGCCAUGGGCGGCGGGGGCCUGUUCGGCUGCUCCUCGGCCGGGCACAGCGGCAUCAACCAGCUCGGCGGGGUCUAUGUCAACGGCCGCCCCCUGCCGGACUCCACCAGGCAGAAGAUCGUGGAGCUGGCGCACUCCGGCGCGCGCCCGUGCGACAUCAGCCGCAUCCUGCAGGUCUCCAACGGAUGCGUGAGCAAGAUCCUCGGCAGCUUUGCACACAGAUAUUACGAGACGGGGUCUAUCAAGCCUCGCGCCAUCGGGGGCUCCAAGCCGCGGGUCGCCACCACGCCCGUGGUCUCCAAGAUCGCUGACUACAAGAGGGAGUGCCCGUCCAUCUUCGCCUGGGAGAUCAGGGAUCGCCUGCUGAGUGAGAACGUCUGCAAUAAUGAUAAUAUUCCUAGUGUGUCCUCAAUAAACCGGGUACUCCGGAACCUGGCAUCCCAGAAGGAGCAAGCGGCAUCAGCCCAGAACGACAGCGUGUAUGAGAAGCUGAGGAUGUUCAACGGCCAGGCCGCCACUGGCUGGUGGUACCCCGGCCUGCCCGCCCCCGCGGCCCCCGCCAUCCCCGCGCCCCUGCCCCCGCAGGUCCAGCGGGCUGGCUCGGCCGACGACCAUAAAAGAGAUGCUGCACCCUCAGACGCAGGGUCAGACGGCAACAGUGAACACGCAUCAUCAGGGGACGAAGACUCGCAGAUGAGGCUUCGACUGAAGAGGAAACUGCAGAGGAACCGGACCAGCUUCACCAAUGACCAGAUUGACAGCUUAGAGAAAGAGUUCGAGCGGACGCAUUACCCCGACGUGUUUGCGCGGGAACGGCUGGCCGAAAAGAUAGGAUUGCCUGAGGCACGUAUCCAGGUAUGGUUCUCCAACCGACGAGCCAAGUGGAGAAGAGAAGAGAAGCUACGAAGCCAGCGGCGGGACGCCCCCGCGCCCUCACCCCCCGCCCCUCCGGCGCCCAGGAUACCCCUCAACGGGGGCUUCAACUCCAUGUACAGCCCCAUACCACAACCCAUCGCCACCAUGGCGGAUACGUAUAGCCACCCUUACCUCCACAGCUCCAUGUCCAGUGGUCUGACGUCAUCGUGCCUGCAGCAGCGGGAGGGGGCCUACCCCUACAUGUUUGGGGACGUGCUGGGAGGGGGGGGCUACUCCAGGGCGCCGGCUGCGCAUCAGCAGCACUCAGCCUACUCGCAACCACAGGCGCCGGGAAGCACUGGUGUAAUAUCGGCGGGCGUCAGCGUGCCAGUUCAAAUACCGUCGCAGGGGCCAGACCUCGCCAGUAACUACUGGGGGAGGCUCCAGUGAUCGCAGCUUUUCGGGUUUCCCCAUCGACUGCUCUCGAUGCCGGAAAACCCGAACACCGAGUCGCCACCUAGCGGAGAAAUGCCGCACAACUACGCCGACUUGUCGAUGAGUGCGCUCAACAUGACGGCGGGCCACGACGCUAGCGCCCUCGCGGCGGAAAUGACCACUGAGAACAACUCAGCCUCGUAAUCCCUCGGACUCACUCGAACCAAAUUGAAAUCUAACUCGAAUUAAACAAAAGUGUGUGUGGUUUAAGUUUCGCAGAGAAUCUCUGCUCUCAAUAUUUAUGGUGCAGUUUAGUUUUGUAACAUAGUUUCCGUUGUUCGAUUUAAUACUAAAGUUAAGCAACUGAGAUGUUCAAAAGUAAUUUGUAAGUAAAUAAGCUAGGUAACAAAUCAAAGUGUAAAUAGCGCCAUCUUGCGUCGGGUAGCGAAACUACCGGCUCGAUGGUUUGAGUGUCAAAUUGUGCCAAUGAAAGAGUUUGUUCAAAUAAAAACGGUUUCGCCUUUUACGUGCAAACCCUUUUUAUUUGUUUGAUGUUAUGUGUGGGGGUGCAGUUCAUUAUAGCUAACAUUGCACAGUCGUUACGUCGAUUGCUUGCACCCUCGCGACAAAUUGUCAUACAAACUAACGAUAAUUGUAUUUAUCUUGUAUAAAGUAAUAUGAAUGUUGUAAGAAUUGUACGUAAAGUGUUGAUUCAAUUACAGUUUCUCUAGGGGUUGAGGAUAUUCAUUUAUUACUAACUCACUUGUGUAUAUUUAUUAGUUCUAUUUCUAACAAGAUAAGUAAGAUCAAUAUUGCUGUGAUUGGAUAUUAGAAUAGACAUUUUAUUUCUUACCUACUGUGGAAAUGUAUCACUUCUACAAUACCUGACGGACAUUGCAGUUAAUUUGUAAAAAAAAACUACUUAAACCCAGUUGCAUGUACAAAAUGUGAACCUACCUACAGUAAUAAUGUAAUAACAGUAAUAAUACUUUAUAAAUUUCUCACUUAUAUCAUCUAUCAAAUGGUGCUCAUAACUCUGAUCAGCACAAACUUAACAACUGUAAGUAAAACACAACAAAAACUGUACAUUUUCAUUUAAGUAAAUAAACUAUACAAUGCAAUACAGAGGUAUAGGUUUAAGGUUGCGAGAAAUUGUAUAUGUAAUGUAUUUUUAAGCAUAAUUGUAAAUUAAAUUAUUACUAAAUUUUAAGUGCAUAUAGAGGAGGAAGAAUUACAGUGAAAUUUAUUAAUAAAUAUUGCA